AGUGGUCUAAAGAAGACUUCCCUCAUUGCUUUUCUUUGCUUGCAUGUGUCUCACAGGAUUUCACUGACAAACUUUAACUGAUUUUUCAUAAAGAGGUCACAAAUACUCAGUUUCCUUUUGAUCAAAAAUCAAAAUGGGUUCCCCAUUUUCCAGCCCACUUCUGUGGGCCUUAUCCUUACUGAGCUGCUUUGGGGUUUCCUCCUCUGACUGCAUACACAGCCUUAUGUGGUAUCUCAAGAACACUAACAUGAGACUCCCUUCCAGUGCCAUUUUCUGAUUCCUUUUCAGGAUACCCAGUUUGCAGACUUGCCCUGAUCUCACUUCUGGAAGGAGGGGAUUUGCCUUGGGGUCUGGAGCCAUAGGACGAUCCCCCUGCAGAGGGUACCAGUGAUGUCUCUAAAGUGUUGGGUUUAGGUGAUGAGGCCCAUCUAAUCAGGUGCUGAACCUACCAGGAAGCAACAUUUCAUUCUGCUGGACUCGGGUGUUAGCCUUGAUCCAUCAUGAAGGGUGAGAAGAGGCUAGCCCUGCAUAUAAGAGAGAAAUGCAGAGAAUCGGAUCUACCUCUGGGUGUUUCAGUGACAUGAAUCAAUAAAUUUCAGGUUUUUGCUUAAGUCUCCGAGGACCGCAGGUUAAGAAGCCCCCGCCCCCCGGGACCCGAAGCCUGGGGACAACCGAGCGGCGCGCUUCGGCGUCCUAGAGAGGAGCUCGUGAGUCUCGGGCGACGGGGCCCGGCGGUGACGCGCUUCCGGUCACGCUGCUCCUUUUCUGAGCCCCUGCCCUUCACCGAGAGGGAGCCCAGGUGAUGGCAGCCAUGCCCCUGAACGCCUGGCACCAGGACUGGAUGUUGGGGAGAAAGUUGAUGGUGAGGGGCUAAGCAGCCAGAAGCCCAGCAAACACUGGCUGGAGGAAGUGUCCGAGGAAUCAGUGGUCUCCUGUUCUCUAGCUCUCUGCUGAACUGGAGAGCGCCCAGGUUCAGUAGGGACCCCCAUGGAGGGAUCUCUGAGAAUGAAGGACUCAGGAGUUGGUGACCUUUAAGGAUGUGGCUGUCUACUUCACCCGGACAGAAUGGGCUGGUCUUUCUCCCACACAGAAGGCCCUAUACAGAAGCGUGAUGCUGGAGAAUUAUGGGAACUUGACAUCCCUGGGAUACUCAGUGCCCAAACCUGCCCUGAUCUCACUUCUGGAGGGAGAGAAUUUGCCUUGGGGCUUGGAGGCACAGGAGAACCCAUCUGCAGAGGGGACCAAAGACAUCUGUAAAGAUACUGAGACCAGCAUUGGCAAUGAGUCCACAUCAACACAGGGAAUUUCUGAAGAAAGAGAUGUGAUAUUGUCACAUGGGUUGCAGAAGAGUGCAGUUCAUGGAGCCAACUUUCUAGAAGCCUGUGAACUGGAAAAGCACCAGGAAAUCCCCACAGUGAAAAAUAUUAAAGGAAAGGUUCCGAGAAUGCACUGUGCAAGGAAACCCUUCAGAUGUGAGGAGUGUGGGAAAUGCUUCAGUUAUUUUUCGUAUUACGUGAGACACCAGAGAAUCCACACUGGGGAGAAACCCUUUGAGUGUAAUGAGUGUGGAAAAGCCUUUAAUGGCAAUUCUUCAUUAAUUCGGCACCAGAGAAUCCACACUGGAGAGAAACCCUAUCAGUGUGAAGAGUGUGGACGAGCCUUUAAUGAUAAUGCCAAUCUGAUCAGGCAUCAGAGAAUCCACAGUGGGGACCGGCCCUAUCUCUGUGGAGAGUGUGGAAAUAGUUUUACCAGCAGUUCUGAGUUUGUUAUACAUCAAAGAAUCCAUACUGGGGAGAGACCUUAUGAGUGUAAUGAGUGUGGAAAAGCUUUUGUUGGUAAUUCACCACUACUUCGACAUCAGAAAAUCCACACCGGAGAGAAACCCUAUGAAUGUAAUGAGUGUGGCAAGAGCUUUGGAAGGACGUCCCAUCUUAGCCAACAUCAACGUAUUCACACGGGGGAAAAGCCUUAUUCUUGUAAAAUAUGUGGUCAGGCCUUCAAUUUUCAUACAAAAUUAACUCGGCACCAGAGAGUCCACAGUGAAGAGAAACCCUUUGACUGUGUAGAUUGUGGAAAAGCCUUUAGUGCUCAGGAACAAUUAAAAAGGCAUCUGAGGAUCCACAGUCAGGAGUCUUCCUAUUUAUGUGAUGCGUGUGGAAAAGUCUUCACUGGCAAAAGAAAUCUUCUUCAGCAUCAAAGAAGCCAUCCUGCAGAGAAAACCUAUGAGUGUGUCAAGUAUGGAAAAACCUUUAGGACUUCUUCCAAGCUAGGUCAUCAUGAGCAUGUCCACCCUGGAGACAAACCUGUCCUGGACAUUUGUCAUUUUGGCCUCCCAGAGUUUUUCACCCCUUUUUACUGGUAGUAGAUUACUGAAUUUGCCUUUGGCUUUUAUCUUCCACUCAGGAGCAGGAUGUGUGACACAGGCCUGGCUCAGCUGCACAUUCCUUCCCCUCAGCCGUGGCUGGUGGUUCCGAUGUCAGUAGUUUACCCAGCGUGGUCCAGUCACAGCUGCAGGACUUGGCAGGAGUUACUAGGAAGAAAUACUCUUCUUUUACCCCCUUCGUCUUAAAGCUGAGAGGAGCUCUUAGAUUCUUGUGGAGGCUGAGGAGAAUGUCAACACAGCAAAAGAAAAAUCAGAGUUGAAGAGCAAUCACCCUCGAAGCUUCCGUUUGAACAACUACAUUAAACUAUAUCUGAAGCCAGAAAUACAGCUUGGUUUUUGAGUUCCAGUAACCAGUACAAUUUAACUUUCUUUU